CACAUUUCUGUUCGAUAUGAAAAUUUUUCACAGUUUUUUGGAACUUUUUUUUAAAACUUUUUACACAACAUUUGAUACAAUUACCAAGUUGAAUAGUGCACUUCGUUAUAUCUUUGGCCGUGAUAUUUUUAUAAAUUGUAGUUUGAAAAGUGAAAAGAAUUUCGUGUGUUUUAGAAUUUUACAAAAAUAGUUUUAGUUUCUUUUUAUAAAAUGGAUUUCGAUUUGAUGAAAAGACAACGCAAAUCGGACUCUUCGUCGAGUCCCCGAAGAGCUGCAGUUUGUCCCACACAAAUAAAUUUAACCGAAUCGUGGAGCACGGUUAGAACACAAAUCAUCCGCACUGCCAACAAUGCCUUGGACACUCAGGAUUGGAGUGCUAGCCAGGACUCGGAGACGAAUGGCAACGUGAAGAUCUUCACUUCGAUGAUGUUGAGAGCUUGGCGAAGACGACGCGCCGAUGUGCAACGUUUGCAACUCGUUGUGGAGAACCUCAAGUCAAGUUCCAUGCAAACCCGCAACGAGUUGCACGUUUGCAAUUCGCUGAUGCGCGUGGAGCAGAAACGCUGUGAAGAUCUGCAGCUGGAGCUGAAGAAGUCCACUCUGAGCAUCAAUCAAGUGCGUAACUCAUGCGACAUAUUGAACACAUCUGUGUUGAGCUUAACGGCAGACAAAAAGCAACUAGAAGACGCGCUCACUGAGUGCCAAAGAGAGUGCGAGAAAUUGAAGCAUAAGGCUGGCAAAAAUAAUGAAGAAUUGCUUGCUGCUCUCUUAGAGCAUCGCAAUCUGCAGCAUCAACUGGAAAACGAAAAGCGUUACACGCAACAAUUAAUAGGGGAAAAGUUGCAGUUGGAGGAUGAACUAAAGCAACUGCAAGCUGAUUCUCUCAGCAAGCAAAAAGCACAAACUCUGGACUUGACAGAGAAGCAAGAACAGCUUCAAGCCAUGAACUCGAUGAUGAACCAACUCGAAAGGCAGUUAAACAGUUCGAGUUUUCACAAUUUCAGACGCUUGUUUGCUGCACGUCAUGGAAACCAGCCUCAACAAGUAGCUGACUGGACUCUAACGUCUAGAAACACUUUUCUACACAUUUUCGAGUUGUAUGGCAUCGAUCAUUUCUUUACCAGAGCGCAUUCUUAUGCCAAGCAUGUCGCUUUCCUGCUGUGGUUGACGUUGCUGCCACAAUCAUUGAGAAGUAGUUGCAUACAGCCCAAAGAACAUCAACGUCGCAUAACGGAACAAUAAAUAUGCAUAUCAUAAUUGUGUAAUUUCAUGUAAUUGCUCUACGAAGUAGUAAAAAUUUUAAUUUCAA